ACUGCCCUGCACAAGGCAGCGAGGAACGGCAGGAUGGGUGUCGUAGAGCUUCUCGUCGAGAGGAAGGCCAACAUCGACGCGAUCGACGCGAGCUGCAGUACUCCCCUGCACGCGGCCUGCUGGAAGGGGAGGGAAAAGGUCGUAAGGAGGCUCCUGGAGCUGCGGGCGGACCCUGUGACAGUCUCGGAGGGGGGUUGGAGCCCCGUCCACUUCGCGGCCUACCGGGGGCAUGCUGACGUGCUAAGCGUGCUGCUG